AUGAACGGUCCCAAUAUCAGCCUGCCCGGCCUCCACAGUGCCGACAACGACGCGUUCGGUCUGCCCACUGCGCGUCCGCGCCUGCCCACGCCCCCAGAAGACGACAUUCACUCCCGGUACGAAGUCCUACAGGCACAGUACGUGGAGAUUACCCGCCAGCUGGCGGACCUUGCGAAAGAGAUUCCGGACGGGGUCGCCUACCAGGAGAUCGCGAACAAACUGCGCAAGUUCCCAGAGCACACUCUGCCUGUUCACAACGAAGUCAAGUUUCACUUCUGGCAGCUCGACUACGAAAUCAAGAAGGUUUCCACGGCAUUUGAAAAGCACAAGGAAGAGGAGGCACUCUACAAGAACAACGAGCAAGUCUACAAGAACAAUGAGGCCUUACGGCUUGUCUGCAUAGGGCAGCGCCAUGAGGCCAGAAACCACAACAAGGCUCUCAACUACAUGGGACUUCCACUCAACAUUGUGCCCUCUGUGUCCGGCUUUUUCCCUCCAAAGGACCUUCCCAUCCUGGACUCGUAUGAAACUGUCUCGAGGCUCAACCAAGCCCAAUGGAUCCAAUACUUUCGGUUCUACUACCCGGGCCUAGGAAAGCUCCCAGACGACAUGGCGAACUCGGCUCCUCGUGAUGCCAUGACCAAGGCCAUCUGCAGUGCUAUCGGCGUUGACUGGGCUUGGAACGAGAAGAGGCUGGGUGGCUAUGACGUCCCUAUGUAG